AUGUCUUCCCAAUCUGGACCCUUUAUCUAUAUUAUUUUUAUGACAAUUUUUGGAAUUUCGGAAAAAUUGAUAGACUUUCUAAUGGUAGACGCCUGGCCUAUUUCUGAAUGGAUCGAGCCUAAUGGUGGAUAUCAGAAGUAUCGUCAUGCUGUUGGAACAGAAGUAUCUCUGCUAUUCACCAUUUGUUAUUUAGCUCCAUUAUUUUUGGAUUGGAUAAUGACUUUCCAUAGGAUGUCUAUUUUCAUAUCACCGAUUAAAUCAUCAAAAUGGUUCAGCGACACGAAGGUUGUUGUGUAUUGCACUGGGGUUACGAUUCUCAUUACCAUUUGGCUUCUGAUUCCAUAUUUUUCAAAUUGCUCAUUAAACUUCAAUGCUUUGACCAGUUACCACGAAUCAGCAUGUGCUCCGUCUCGUCAUCCAAUCACUUUAUUUCAAAAUAACUUUCUUAUUUAUGUUCCAAUUGUGUCAAUGGUAGUCAAUUCUGGAAUUCUAAUUUAUCAAAAAUAUCUGAGAAAUCGCUGGAAGAGCACUGCCUCGUCAAUAUCUUUGUCACACGUAAAACGAGAAAAUGAAAUGAUUCGUCAAGCAUGUUUUAUUGGAGUUUAUUUGAGUGUUUAUGAGAUUUUAUACUUACACAUGAGGCUUUAUCCGCAACAUUUUGAAAAUCUUCCCUUCGAGCUUCAAACAAUAUCCUAUGAUCUACGUUUGCUGGCAAUCAGUUCAUUGAACUUUUUUGUAUAUUUUGUGCUCACCAAAUCAACUAGAAAAAUAGUUUUAAAGUCAUUUGGAAGUGUGAACCAUCUACAUUUAAGUCAAAGUUUCAGUCAUAGUAACGCAAGAAUUUUACAUUAA